AUGUCCUCGCCCACGGGAUCGGCUCCACCAUCGGGCGUGUCGACUCCGAACAAGGCAUCGACGAAAGUGGGCAAGAGAAUUGAUGUGGCUUCGGAGUACCAGAAACGUGUGGCAGAAAAGGAGUCUCUGAACUUGGUCGUCAUUGGCCACGUGGAUGCUGGCAAAAGUACAUUGAUGGGUCAUUUGCUAUAUCUACAGGGCGAAGUUACGGAAAAGACGAUCCGAAAGCAUGAGCGAGAGGCCCAGAAGAUCGGCAAGGCCUCGUUUGCGUUUGCGUGGGUGCUCGACGAGACCGGGGAGGAACGCGCGCGUGGAAUCACCAUGGACGUUGGUGUGACGAAAUUCGAAACUGCAAACCGUCGGUUCACGCUCCUGGACGCUCCUGGACACCGGGAUUUUAUUCCGAACAUGAUCUCGGGCACUGCACAGGCAGAUGUGGCGAUCCUGGUGGUCGAUGCGACGACGGGGGAAUUCGAGGCCGGAUUCGAGCAGAACGGACAGACGAAGGAACAUGCGCUGCUGGCAAGGAGUUUGGGCGUCCAGCAGUUGGUCGUUGCCGUGAACAAGUUGGACGUGGUCGGGUGGUCGCAAGAGAGAUUUGAGGAAAUCAAGCAGAAAUUGGAACAGUUUUUAGUCAGGGAUGCAAGUUUCAGGAAGCAGAACUUGAUCUUCGUGCCCUGCUCCGGGUUCACGGGCGAGAAUCUGGUGAAGAGGUCGAAGGCGGGAGAUGUCUUUGGUUGGUAUAAAGGCCUGACGUUGAUCGAAACGAUUGAUGGGUUGGAUGCGCCGACGAGGGCGGUCGAGAAGCCAUUCAGGAUGUCGGUCACGGAUGUAUUCAAGGGUACCGGAGGAGUUUCUGCGGCGGGACGGCUGGAAGCCGGACAUAUCCAGGUCGGAGAGGCGGUCAUGGUCAUGCCUGGGUCUGAGAUGGCCGUUGUCAAAUCGAUGGAAGUGAACGACGAACCGACGCGGUGGGCUGCUGCAGGCGACUCAGUGCUGUUGACGCUUUCGGGGAUCGAUAUCUUACAAGUUAGUAAUGGAUCGGUGCUGUGCGCAAGGGACGCGCCUAUCCCUGUCACGACACACUUUGCAGCCCAAAUCGUGGUCUUUGAUGUCAAGAUCCCCAUCACCGUUGGAUUCCCUAUUAUUAUGCACCACCAGAGCCAUAACGAACCUGGCACGGUUUCGAAACUGGUUGCGACUAUCGAUAAGGGCACAGGCGAGAUUGUGAAGAAGUCGCCCCGCCAUCUGGGCAAGAACACGACGGCCAUGGUCGAAAUUAAACUGAACGGACGGCCUAUCCCGUUGGAGACGUUUAAGGAUUCGAAGGAACUGGGAAGGGUUAUGCUCCGAAAGGGCGGCGAGACCGUCGCGGCGGGUAUUGUCACUAAAAUCUUGAGCUUUGGGUCAUAG